AUGCGUGGCCAUGGAAGAAGCGGAAAGCCAAACACCCCCGAGGGACAUACAUCGGCGCUAUACGCAGCAGACUUUACUGCUGUAGCUAACGGAUUCGCGCUGAACAAGCCUGUCUUUGUCGGCUGGAGUGUAGGAUCCGCUGUCAUCAGCGAUAUAUGUGCCAAUGUGGACCCACUCCCCAUCGCUGGGGCCGUAGCUCUCGGCGGGAGCCCCGGCAUCAGCCCAGAAAUGGUGGGCGUAGCUGGGAAGCCGUUUCUGUUCGCCGCGCUACCGAAAUUCAACGACAACUCCGACGUUGCUUUCGCUUUACGAGCGCGCGUGGAGUUCAUUGAUGCGUUGUUCAACAACCCAGAUAAGAUCCCUUUCAGCCUGAAAAUGCGAUACCUCGGAGAGACCGUCUUGCAAUCGCCUGACAUCAGCAGUGUUGUUUCACUUCGGCCACAGGACCCGAGCAAGAUGUUGGAAGCGGGUGCCAGGGGGUUGCCGCUCCAGAUUCUGUUCGGAAAACAAGACAAGUUCUUGGACGGCGAGGCCGUUGUGAACAUUGUGAAACCGCAUUUCAAGAACCUGACGGUUAGCUUGAUUGACGGGGGACAUGCGUUGUUUGAUGACAAUCAAGCGGAAUUGGUGGACGAGCUGAGUAAAUUCGUCCUCAGUGUACAGUCAUAG